AUGGAUUUAGAGCUGUGCACCCCCCAGGACAUGGACCACCGGCACCCCCCCGUGGACUCCAACACCAGCUCCACCUCCGAGGCCGACGUGGCUAGUCUGCUGGACGGCGCAGACCAGCGGUCGCACCACCUGCUCAAGCACUGCCUGUCCCACGGCCAGCGCGACGGCGCGUUGGCCCACUUUACCACCGCUGACGUGAAGGAGGCGGCGCGCGAGGUGUCGCGCAUGGGCCAGCGCGACCUGCAGGCCCGGUUCAAGGCCGUGUACGGCACGACCACGCACAGCAACAACAACGACUGGCUGCGGCGGAAGCUGUACGAGGCCAUCGGGGCCGCGCCCAUGAAGGCGGCGGUGAAGAGCAAGCCACGCAAGGCCGCCGCAAAGGCGCGCAGCCGUGGCGCGAGCCUGCCGGCCUCCCCGGUGGCAGCGCGGGGGGCGCUGGCUGGCGCUCACCGCGCCUCCUGCGACCUGGGCUCUGGGAAGGCGCAGGAUGGGGACGCCGCGCUGCUGGGCAUGGAGUCGGACCUGUCGCUCACCGAGGACGGCAGCGAGGAGGGGUCCUUCACGCACGCCCCCGGCGCUGCACACGAGGCCAAGGCAGCCAGCCGCGGCAACGGCACCCCUCAGUCGGUACUGGGCGCGGCGUGUGAGCGCUCGUCCUGGUCGCACUCCGGCCUGGCCCCUGCCCUGGCGUCCUCGGCCAAUGGGUCGGUGGAGCUCCCGGACUUCUCCGGCGUGCUCAGCGACGUCGCCGCCGCCGAUUGGGCCGCCGAGGGAAUGGACCUGGAGGCUCUGCGCCCGCUCAGCGGCUACGGCGAUGCAGCCGACGACGACAUCAUGCUCCUCCAGCUGGACCUGUCGGCCUUUGACUGA